CCCUGCUCCUAGAAAGGAGAUUUAUCCUUCUCAGUUCAGCAGACUGAGAGAACAUACUCCACGAUGGCUCAGUACAAAAGUCUGGGUAGUCGUCGGCAGCACUCUCGUCGUCUUUGCCAUCUUCUUCGGCUUCAAACAUACACACAGAGCGAACACCGACAACUCCCUCUCACUAUCAUCGCCAUACAACAUCGACCUAAACACAACCACAAACCCCUACAAAAUCUCCAAAGUCUCCAUGCUCUACGGCGACAACGACCUCUACGAACGAGCCCUCCAAUCUCACAUCCGCCACGCCGACCGCUGGGGCUACCCGACCAAAAUCUGGCGUCAAGACGACGGCUGCGGCUUCUGGAACAAACCCACUUUCCUCAUGUCGCUGGUCACGAAAGAAUUGGCCAAACCGGAAAAGGAAAGGAUGGAAUGGUUGAUGUGGGUUGAUGCCGACUCCAUCAUCCUCAACCCGACCAUUCCCGCGCACAUGUUUUUGCCUCUGCCUGGUCAGAUGCCUCAUGUGCAGUUUGUAGGCACGAGAGAUGCAGGAGGUCUGAACACGGGGAUUUUCUUCUUGAGGAUUGGGCCUUGGGCUAUUCAUAUGUUGCUGGACAGUAUGGCCAUCCCUCUCUGCCAUCCCACUCUAGAUCUAGGCCGCAAUGCCGAUCAAGAAGCCAUGGCCCGCGUCUUCCAAAAGACUUCCGGCGGCAUCGAUGGUAAUGGCUACAAAUCGGGAGUGGUAUACAUGCCACGCCACCUCUUCAACAGCUACGAAUUGCGACCGAACCAAUACGAAGAAUUCGAAAACAGCACGAUACAGGAGUUCCCGGGAUGGUCCAGACGCCACGGCUAUGAAGGUCACAAGGGCGAUUUACUGGUCCAUUUCCCUGGAUUGGAAGGUGGUGAUAGAAAACCAUUGAUGAGUGAUUGGUUGGAUGUCGUUGAAAAGAGACCCGAGGAGUGGAUUGUGCCUGUGCGGAAUACGAGUUAUGUCAAGGACACGAGGGAGUUUUGGAACUUGUAUGCGGAAGCGCUGGAGGUGUUGAGGGAGGCUGCGAGAGUUAGUGGGGUUAAGGAGGCUGGUGUUGUGCAUGUCGGGUUGACGGAAGCUAUGCAUACGCUCAGAGUUGGGUUGAGUGAUGAAGCGGAUGAUGAGGAGAAGAUCAGAGAGUACAUGAAGGCUGUGCAGGAGAAAAUGAGUGUUUUGUAAUUGCUAGUUAUACGGCAGAAGUGUGUUUUGGCUUCUUUCCUUCCGGCUGGUCCUCAUCAUCGUCCGUCUCAAUCAUUUCUUCGUUGCUGACUCCAACUCCUCAAUCAUGGCCUUUAUGUUCUCCAGAU